CCUAACUCCUCCACUAUUCGGCUACUUCAAUCUCCACUCUCGAGUCCAGCCCUAGCCUCCAGAACCAGAACGCUCUAGCCUCUCUCUGUCUCUCACACUCAGUCCAGAGCUCCUGGUCCUCCCUUACUUCCGUCCAGCCACCGCCUGCUACCGCCGCCGUCGGAACUUCCAGCUUCGAAGAGCCACCACCUGCUCCCUCACUUCCCCUCCAUCGCGCUGCAGCCGUCGCAACCUUCCUUCCCCUCCAUCGCGCAGCCACCGUGCGAACGUGGAAGCCUCCGUCGCGCAGUCACUGUGCCGUCAGUGCCAGCUCUGUUCCACUGCAGCCACUGCCCGUUCGAAGGCUGUUCGAAGCCCAUUCAAAGGUGAACCUUGUCGUGGGGUCUCCCUCUUGCGUGCUCUGUUCAAGGCUUCUAGCUUCUAGUGAACCAGUAGCUAGAGCGGCUUGAUGACCGGUUCGGUUUUCAGAACCUUGGAGUUAACCACUAAAUGAAUACAAGUAAGAAUGACAAUAAAGCAUGCUCAUCAAGGGAAAAAAACAAAGAAGAAGAUGAUUACAGUUUUUUUCAAAUAUUAAACCUCUCUUCCUUUCUUCUUCGCCAUGCCCUUUCCUAAGCCCAUGCCCUAUUCUUACCUAUCUUACCAGAACCUCUACGAAACACUCAAGCAUUGCUCCUCCCUCAAAUCCCCACGCAGCGCCCGCGUGCUCCACGGCCACCUCAUCUUCUCCGGCUGGUACGCCUCCGUCUUCUUGCGCAAUAGCCUCCUCCACGUCUAUUCCAACUGCCACCUCACCGACGAUGCCUUCCGCCUCUUCCACGAGUCCACCACUCACCGCAAUGUCUUCACUUGGAAUGCCAUCAUCCAUGCGCUACUCUCUUCUGGUCAGGUCUCCCAUGCACAACACCUGUUCGACGAAAUGCCCCAACGAGACUCCGUCUCUUGGACAACCCUCAUAUCUGGCUACUCUCACAAUGGCCUCCCAGCUCAUAGCAUCCAGAUCUUCGCUUCCAUGCUCCGGGAAUUCGAAUUUCAUAAUGGUCAAACUCAGGACAAAUUUGAUCCUUUUUCGUUUACUUGUGUAAUGAAGGCUUGUGGCUGCCUCAGAUGCACUCCUUUCGCUCUUCAGUUGCAUUCCCUUGUGGUCAAAUUACGUUUAGGAGCCCAUAUCAGCAUCCAAAACGCCCUUGUUGAUAUGUACAUUAAAUGCGGAGCGAUUGGGUUCGCUGAGAGUGUCUUCUUUGGCAUUGAGGAGCCCAGUUUGUUCUGUUGGAACAGCAUGAUUUACGGUUAUUCAAGGUUGUAUGGAGCUUAUAAGGCUCUUGAUUUGUUUGCUCGGAUGCCGGAACAUGAUUCUGUUUCAUGGAACACUUUGAUCUCAGUUUUAUCUCAGCAUGGCCUUGGGGUCAAAUGCCUUUUCUUGUUUUUAGAGAUGUGUGAUAGGGGGUUUAACCCGAUUUUCAUGACCUAUGGUAGUGUACUCAGCGCGUGUGCCAGCAUUGGUGAUCUUGAAUGGGGUGCACACUUGCAUGCUCGGAUUCUUCGCGUGGAGCAUGGCUUAGAUGCCUAUUUGGGAAGUGGUUUGAUAGAUAUGUAUGCUAAGUGUGGAUGCUUAGAAUUGGCGAGGCGCGUGUUUGACUGCUUAGAGGAACGCAAUGAAGUUUCUUGGACUUGCUUGAUCACUGGUGUGGCUCAGUUUGGACUUGAAGAAGACGCUCUGGCAUUGUUUAACCAAAUGAGACAGGCUUCUGUUGUGUUGGAUGAUGUUACCCUUGCAACUGUUCUUGGGGUUUGUUCAGAACAAAAUCAUGCUGCUAUUGGGGAGCUGCUUCAUGGAUAUACAAUCAAAAGUGGUAUGGAUUCUUAUGUUCCUGUAGGGAAUGCAAUUAUUACAAUGUAUUCAAAAUUUGGCGAUUUUGAGAAAGCUUAUCUUGCAUUUAGAUUGAUGCCGCUUAGAGAUACUAUAUCAUGGACAGCCAUGAUCACUGCCUUCUCUCAGAAUGGAGACAUUUCCAGAGCUCGUGAAUGUUUUGAUUUAAUGCCUGAGCGCAAUGUCAUCACUUGGAACUCAAUGCUAAGCACAUAUGUUCAACAUGGGUUAUCGGAAGAAGGACUGAAGUUGUAUGUUCUGAUGAGAAGAAGAGGAGUAGAACCAGACUGGAUCUCUUUAGCUACUUCAAUUAGGGCAUGCGCUGACUUAGCUGUUGUAAAACUUGGGAUGCAAAUUGUAUCGCAUGCCAUUAAGUUCGCCCUUAUAUCGGAUGUUUCAGUUGCAAAUAGUAUUGUUACCAUGUAUUCAAGAUGUGGGCAAAUCAAAGAAGCACAGAAAGUUUUUGACUCAAUAUAUGUGAAAAACCUUAUUUCCUGGAAUGCUAUGAUGGCAGCAUAUGCUCAAAAUGGUUUAGGCAAGAAAGUAAUUGAGACAUUUGAGGAUAUGUUGAAGACCGAGUGCAAACCUGAUCACAUUAGUUAUAUUUCUGUUCUAUCUGGCUGCAGCCACAUGGGGCUUGUAGUAGAGGGUAAACAUUACUUCAAAUCCAUGACUAAAGUUUUUGGUAUUUCUCCUACAAGUGAGCACUUUGUUUGUAUAGUAGAUAUGCUUGGACGAGCAGGGAUGCUAGACGAGGCAAAGGAAGUGAUAGAUGAAAUGCCUUUUAAGCCGAAUGCUACUGUUUGGGGGGCUCUACUUGGAGCCUGCCGAAUCCAUCAUGAAUCACAUCUAGCAGAAACUGCCUUGAAGAACUUGGUGGAAUUAAAUCCUGAAGAUUCUGGUAAUUAUGUCCUUCUAGCAAAUAUAUAUGCUGAAUCUGGAGAGUUAGAAGGUGUUGCUAAUAUGAGAAAGCUAAUGAAAGUGAAGGGAAUUCGAAAGAGUCCAGGCUGUAGCUGGAUAGAGGUUGAUAACACGGUACAUGUAUUCACCGUAGAUGACACCAAUCAUCCACAGAUAAAGGAAAUUUAUAUAAAACUGGAGGAGAUGAUGAAGAAGAUAGAACAUACAGGAAGAUAUAUUAGUCCAGUUUCUUCUCCCCAUAGGAGUCAGAAAUACCAUAGUGAAAAGCUUGCCUUCGCUUUUGGGUUACUGAGUUUGCCAUCUUGGAUGCCUUUAUAUGUGAUGAAAAAUCUCCGUGUCUGCCAUGAUUGUCACUCGGUAAUAAAGCUAUUGUCUUUUGUCACCUCAAGGGAACUUAUCAUGAGAGAUGGAUUUCGAUUUCAUCAUUUUAAGGAUGGGGUUUGCUCGUGUAAAGAUUAUUGGUAACAUGUGCACCACUGCAUGUCUACAUUGGUUUUGCAUUUUGGUUUAAUAUUGAAUUUAAUUGGCCAGCAAUAGCACCAAGCAAUUAUCAUUAGUCAACUCCUUACUGAUAAUCAUCUAGUGCACAGUAGUUGCAGGAGAGAAAGUGGACAAAUCCUGACUCCUGUCCACUGCACCAGAGGACCCUCCAGCACAUUGGGAGCAGGCAUUCAUAUACUAUUAUGAUCCCCAUAGAGCUGGAACAAGAUCCAGUAAUUGAAGGUUCAGUGUCAUUGACACAAAGCAAAGAAGGUGCUCGGUUCAUUCAUGGAUAUUCAAUUCACGUUGAGUUUAUGUGAGGUGAGACAUUUAUCUAAUCUAUGAAAGAUUCUCCUUCUUUGACAAUUCAUCAAGGAGGGGCUUGGAGAAAUGGAUGAAUCUUGGUUGGCAGAACUGAUUAAAGUGGCAGCUGAUUUACUGAACGAUAGAUUGCCUGAGGCGAGAGAUGGCUCGGAGUAUCGCAACUUCAAUGUAUGAGGCACUCACAAAGGACAAGGAACAGAAGCUGGAGAUGUGGCAGUGCUUCUGCCAAUCCAAGUUGACACCAAUUCACGCUAUUUCAUUGUUUAAGAUAGUUGGUACUUGAAGCAAUAUUGGGUAUUGGGUGUAUUACUCCGUAGUUUUAUAGUCAUAUAGCAGAUAUCCAAAAUUUAGUUCUGUAUGUGAAGUUCCUAAGGCUCAUGAUGCUGCAUGAGUAGGAGUUGUCUUGUUGAAUGAUGAAAUAAAAGAGUUAAUAUUCAAUUUGGUCCUUAAAUUUA